GCUCGGCCGCGUUGUUGCGCGGGCCACUCGGCUCUGGCGAAUUCGCGAGUGCCCGGCGGUGCUCAAGGCGCCUCCCGAGGGAAGCAUCGCAUCUUGUCAAGACACCAGAAGUGUGAUGUCUCAGGAAGGCAAUUAUGGGAGGUGGACGAUAUCCAGUAGCGAUGAAAGUGAAGAGGAAAAGACAAAACUGGACAAGCCAUCUUCCUCUUUUCUCCCCCGUGCUGGGCAGAGAGCAGCAAAUGAGCCAAGGUACACCUGUUCCGAAGCUCGGAAAGCCGCCCACAGGAGGAAGCUGUCACCCGUGAAAUUCAGCAACACAGAUUCGGCUUCAGAAGUUUUGCCUCCCAAGAGGCUCAAGAGUGGUUCCCAGGAAGACCUAGGUUGGUGUCUCUCCAGCAGUGAUGAUGAGCUGCAACCAGAAAAGCAACAGAAGCAGACAAAGAAAGUGGCAGUCAAAGAGGAGGAAGGCAUCUCUUCUCCCAGAGAUGGUGCUGCCCAGAGAACUGGAAAUCCUGGUCCUCCCGCCAGCCGCAGGCUUGAAGAGGAAGACAAUGAAUAUGAGACGUCAGGAGAAGCCCAGGACAUUUGGGACAUGUUGGAUAAAGGGAACCCCUUCCAAUUUUACCUCACUAGAGUCUCGGGAAUUAAGCCAAAGUAUAACUGCGGAGCCCUCCACAUCAAGGAUAUCUUAUCUCCUCUGUUUGGGACACUUAUUUCUUCAGCUCAGUUUAACUACUGCUUUGACGUGGACUGGCUCGUAAAACAGUAUCCACGAGAGUUCAGGAAGAAACCAAUCCUGCUUGUGCAUGGUGAUAAACGAGAAGCUAAAGCCGACUUAUAUGCCCAGGCAAAGCCUUAUGAAAACAUUUCCCUCUGCCAGGCAAAGUUGGAUAUUGCAUUUGGGACACACCACACGAAAAUGAUGCUACUGCUGUACGAAGAAGGCCUCCGGGUGGUCAUACACACCUCCAACCUCAUCCAUGCUGACUGGCACCAGAAGACGCAAGGAAUAUGGGUGAGCCCCUUGUACCCACGAAUUGUCCAUGGAACCCACAGCUCUGGAGAAUCAACAACACAUUUUAAAGCUGAUCUCAUCAGCUACUUGAUGGCUUAUAAUGCUCCUCCCCUCAAGGAGUGGAUAGAUAUCAUCCAAGAGCAUGAUCUCUCUGAAACGAAUGUUUACCUCAUUGGAUCAACCCCAGGACGCUUUCAAGGAAGUCAAAAAGAUAAUUGGGGACAUUUUAGGCUUAGGAAGCUUCUGAAAGAACAUGCCUCCUCCAUACCCAAAGCAGAGUCUUGGCCAAUAGUAGGACAGUUUUCAAGUAUUGGCUCCAUGGGCUCUGACGAAUCCAAAUGGUUGUGUUCUGAGUUUAAAGAGAGCUUGGUGACAUUGGGGAAGGAAAGCAAGACCCCAGGGAAGGGUGUUGUUCCCCUUCAUUUGAUCUAUCCAUCUGUGGAAAAUGUGAGGACAAGUUUAGAAGGAUAUCCAGCUGGGGGCUCUCUUCCCUAUGGCAUCCAGACAGCAGAAAAACAGAAUUGGCUCCAUUCCUAUUUUCACAAAUGGUCAGCUGAGACAUCUGGCCGCAGCAACGCCAUGCCACAUAUUAAGACGUAUAUGAGGCCCUCUCCAGACUUCAGUCAAAUUGCUUGGUUCCUUGUCACAAGCGCGAAUCUGUCCAAGGCGGCCUGGGGAGCGUUAGAGAAAAAUGGCGCCCAGCUGAUGAUCCGCUCCUACGAGCUUGGGGUCCUUUUCCUUCCUUCAGCAUUUGGCCUGGACAGCUUCACAGUGAAACAGAAAUUCUUCUCAGGCAACCAGGAGCCAACAGCCUCCUUUCCUGUGCCAUAUGAUCUGCCUCCAGAACUGUAUGGAAGUAAAGAUCGGCCCUGGAUUUGGAACAUUCCUUAUAUGAAAGCACCAGAUACACAUGGGAACAUGUGGGUUCCCUCCUGAGAAUCUUAAAGCACUGUGAAAUUUAUGUGUAAGACGUUGAGCCAUGAACAUUGGAUGUUUUUGUUUGUACUGGAUGUUCACUUCCCUUAAAGUUUUAUCUGCACCCUUAUGAAACUCUUUACAGAGGUCAAUUUUUGAACAUGGAUGUUGGUUAUACUUUUUAAUGGUCGUUAUUAACAUUUCUCACUAAACAAAACAAAGAAAUAUUUUCUUAAUUCACUUUUCUAUGCUUUGGAACGAAAGCUAUUAAACUCACAAUGUUAAAAGACUACAUAGAUAUGAAAUUAUCCUCAGAGUGAUGUGGAAUCUCACGUGGUGUCCGCUCUUCUGAGUUGAAGGUUGACUUUGUGUGUUGUGCUCCAUCCAUCGGGAAAGGUGCUCUUCAUUCAACUGAAACUUUUCAGAGGAACAAAGGGACCAUUAGCUUUCUCACCCAGCUCACUCUCCGCUUCCUGAGUGUGUCUCGGACCACACUGGACGUGAGUCUGCGGAUUCCUGGCACCUGUCGCCGAGGCUGGUGUGGCUGCCCUUCAGAAGCGAUAAGUCAGGUUGACUGUCAUCGCCCUGCAGCUUCACGGGAUUUUUCAUCCUCCCCAGCACCAUGCUGGCUGCCUCACUCUUACGGAGGGGUCUCCCGGGACCAGACCACCUGCCGUUUCCUCACUCGUUCCCCAGGCUGCAUGGGUGUCUCUUCCAUCCCCACAAAUUUCCAGACAAGACAGCUCACAGAAUCGUACAAAAGCACACAAGUAUUUUGCUUGGAAGAAACCCUGAAAGGGGACCUGAUUUGGUGCUUGAAUUCACAAGUGAGAAAACUGAGGCCCAGAAAGGUUCAGGACGUCCCCCGGGUCACACAGCUGGCUGGGAUCCGAG